UGCUCCACACACAUUCUCCCUCUCUUCUUCUCUCACAUACAUUCUUGUUUGCCACAGAGCUUUCGGGGAGUAUCCCUCUCUUGGCUAUGGCGCAGGGUUAGGGUAAGAGGCAGUGUAGGUCUUCGCGUCUUGGCGCCUUGGCGGCUCUGGUGCUGCGGAUUAGCUUCUUCCUCGCGACGCGAAUCAGAGGCGCUGGUGACCGGCGCUGCGUUUGCGUGUGAUUCCAGGAUGCGCCCAAGGCAGCUAGAGUUCUAGCGAGCUCGGCUUUGGGUCGUUUUUUAUUUUUACUUCUUCUUGCGCAAUGGCUGCUGAGGGGCACAUUCACGCUCAUCACCAAAAUGUGCACAGUAUGCACGUCGACGACACGGAUGAGGUGGGAGAAGAGAUCGAGGGGGUAAACCAUCUCCAUCCUCACUCUCAUAUGCAUAUGCACGAAGACCACGGGCUCCACGAUCACCACCACGACAUUGAGAUCGAGGACCAAGACGACGAGGAGCAAGAUGGCGAGGGCCUGGACGAGGCGGAGAUGCAUUCCGAUGGUGGUCACCCCGUAGAGCCUCCGGCGGCUCUCACCGGACGGUCUCAUGCCACGACCCAGCUCACGCUCUCGUACCAAGGAGAAGUUUAUGUCUUCGAUACAGUUGCUCCAGAGAAGGUCCAAGAGGUGUUGCUACUGCUGGGAGGCCGGGAGAUACAGUCGAGCCUCCCUGGAGCGAGCAUGCCCGGGCACCACUAUGGGAAGGGCCUUUCGGAACUCCCGUCGCGAAUGAACAUGCCGCAGAGAAUCACGGCGCUCACGAGGUUCCGGGAGAAGCGGAAGGAGCGCUGCUAUGACAAGAAGAUCCGCUACACUGUUCGCAAGGAAGUUGCACAGAGAAUGCAUCGGAAGAAGGGUCAGUUCGCGUCCUCCAAGGUACUCCAGGAGGAAGCGGCAGCCAAAGCUAAUGGAAGCAGUCCUCCAACACCUGGACAACCCACUCCACCGGGUGGUGCUCCUCAACCAGAAAUCCUAUGCACACAUUGUGGCACUGGUGAGCGAUCGACACCGAUGAUGAGACGAGGCCCCUCUGGACCGAGGACGUUGUGCAAUGCCUGCGGAUUAAUGUGGGCCAAUAAGCCGUUUCAGGGUGUCUUGAGGGACCUCUCCAAAAACGCACAAGCACCAGGCUCCGUUCUCCAGAUUCCUACUCUUACACAAAGUGAAUCAGAAGGCCACAAACCUGACCCAGCCUGAGAUACAAAGCAUUGUUCUAAAGCGAGAAUAAGAACUCCAUACAAAGCAAAGGAACGAGAAGAGGUGGGUGAUUCGCUGUUUGAUGCAAUAUUGUACACGAAUGUGUUCAUAGAAGCAUACUUAAAAUUAUAGAUUCUCCUGUUCUUGCUGUAACUUGUUGCCAUGAAACCAAAUGUACUAACAUGGAAAAAGUCAGUUUCCAUGGUA